CAGAGCUAGCGAAGAUGGCGGCGGCGGCUAGUCGCGGUCUCGGGGCCAAGUUGACUCAACUCCGUGAGAUUCGAAUUCACCUCUGUCAGCGCUCGCCCAACAGCCAAGGCGUCAGGGACUUCAUCGAGAAACGCUACGUGGAGCUGAAGAAGGCCAACUCCAAUCUGCCCAUCUUAAUCAGGGAGUGCUCCGGUGUGCAGCCCAAGCUGUGGGCCCGCUUCGCUUUUGGCCAAGAAAAGCAAGUCUCUUUGAACAACCUCAAUGCUGAUCAGGUAAACAAAGCCCUGCAAGAUGUGCUAGUGGCAAAGCCUGAAGCCUCCAGAGAGGAUUAAGAGCACCAACCUCACAGCUUCUCCACUGGAUGAGUAAAACGUGGAAAAAUGUAUUUAUUUUCCUGUUUGUAUAAAGCUUGUGCUCUAAAAGAA